AACUGUUCCUCGCAGUAUGCCGUAGUGACGUCACACCCAAACAAGAAACAGUUUGCUGGUGAUUACUGCCGGAUUUAUUACUAACUCAGUGGAUAUUGUCUUCAUAGCUAGCUUUUAUCGUGAUGUCUCAGGAUCCGUGGUUACAGAAUUAUGAUGCCACUUGUCGCUUGGCACAGGAAAUAGCAGAAAAUAUACAUGAACGGAACAGACAGCAGAGAACAGGGGGCAACCCUGCAAAGAUCAACAUGACACUACGGGCAUCACUGCAGAAGCUCAAACAGAGUAUUACCCAGCUUAAAGAGGGUUUGUUGCGAGCAUCGUCGACUCGGCGUAUAAUGCAGCCAGAAGCUGAUAGGAGGCAGAACCUUAUUGAUGACCUGCUAACCAGAGAGAAGCAGCUCAAUGCCACCUUCAAGGGAGACAUCACUGAAGCUGAACCUUCCAGGUCGACACUGAUGGCUGAAGGGGCAGGAGCGAGUCGAGGUGUUGUGGCCAACCCUUGGCUGAUCAACGAGCCUGAGGAGACCAAAGGGCUAUCUUUCGGAGAGAUCAAACAGCAGCAACAACGAAUCAUUGAAGCCCAGGACGCUGGCUUGGAUGCUCUAGCAGCUGUCAUCGGCCGACAGAAGAUAAUGGGCCAGGAGAUUGGCAAUGAGCUGGAUGAACAAAAUGAAAUCAUAGACGACCUUUCACAUCUUGUGGACAAGACAGACGACAGGAUUCGUAAUGAGACGCGAAGGGUGAAGCUGGUGGAGACAAAGUCAGCCUCUUGUGGGAUGCUGGUCGUGAUCAUACUGCUUCUUAUAGCCAUUGUAGUGAUCGCUGUGUGGCCUGUGUAGCGGACGAGGACAGAAGGACUGAAUGACUACUGCAGUGACAGUUUGGUUUGCAAAGUACCAGUUUAAAACACUUCCAUCCAAAGUGCAUACAUUCAUUCAUUUAAACACUGUCUCUCAUCAGAUUUUCCUUUUCUUUCUGUUCACAUUGAGACGAAGGUCAAUGAUGACUGCCCAGCCAAGGCAAUAUGAAAUAAAGACUGAAGUCCUUUAGCAGUGCUGUUUUCUAUACAUCAAGUUGAUGGUUGGGUAAAGGGCAUUGGUAACCCUCCCAAAGACUUUUUUUUAUUUUUAUUGAAUGUAUAAGAUACAUGAAAACUGUCCAUUUUAAUAAUUGCUCAAGUGGCUAUUUUAAUUGACAGUGUAUAAUAUAGCUAAAUUAUUUGGAGGUUUGUAAAAUAUUUUUAGCCUGGACUGUGACGAAUGUUGACCCAACUGUAGGACCUCCCGCAGGUAGCAGGGGGUUUCCUUUCAUAAGUCUGUCUGUGGUCUAGGCUGGGGGCUCACACUGGGUACAGUAAUUCCGCAAGCUUUGCAAUAUUCACACUCACUUGUAUUUACCCAUGCAUUACUGUAGCAGCUGUAAUGUUAUCAUUUGUCUUGGGAUUUUAUAACGUUUAUAGAAUAGCACUCAGCCAAAACAAACAUCUCGGCUGUGUUACUAACAUGGCCGUUUUCCUUCCUUGUAAAUCAAUUCAGCUUGUAAUUUCUAAUAAAUGACAUUCAGUAUAUAGUC